GAACGCGACCUUCACCUCGAAUUUCUGGUCUCCUUCGCCGCCAAUGUCUGCCUCCCUGCGCCUCUCUUAUCUCAGCCUCACCAAUCCACAUCAUGCACCUCCGGCUCAGGUCCCAUCUCGGUUGGUAAUUGGCUAGCGUGCGGGCGUUUGGCGUGCUCCGUACGCUUUCUGUUACAUCGUCUCCCUUGCCCUCUACGAUCAUGCUCGGCCUUGCUCGUCGGUCUACUCCCUUUGUGCGCUCUAUUUCACGCGUGACUCGCGCUGGAAGGACGGGCGUACGCGACUACAGCGUCGCUCAGCCGCGUAGCAUCACGGACGCGUUCAAGGUGGAUGCCCAAAGGGAAUCAUUGGAGGGCAAGGUUAUCGUGGUCACUGGUGGCGCGUCUGGCCUCGGACACGGCAUUGUGAAGCACUUCUCGGACCUUGGUGCGCGCGUAGUCCUUGCCGAUCUCAAUCAGGAAUCGGCAGAGCAAGUCGCGCAAGAAACAGGAGCAAUCGCGUACGCCGCAGAUGUUUCCGACUGGUCAUCCACGUACUCCGUCUUCGAGCGCGCCUGGGAGAAGUACGGUGCCCUCCAUCAUGUCUUCAUCAUGGCCGGUGCCGUAGAGCCCAAGAAUGUCUUCGACGACACCUUUGACUCGGAAGGUCGCUUGGAAGCUCCCAAAUACGACGUGAUCAACUCCCAUGUCAUUGGCUCCUUCAACACCGUCAAGGCCGCCCUCCAUUACUUCCGGCGACAACAAAACGGCGAGGGCACGGGCGCAUCAACGGACAACCGCUCAAUCACGCUCUGUGGGUCAUACUACUCGUACUUCACCGACACGGGCGUAUACCAGUACUGCACGAGCAAGCACGGGAUCGUCGGCCUGAUGCGCGGAUUGUCGCAGUAUACACCGUCAAUCGGCGUGCGGACAAAUAUGCUUGCGCCAUGGUUUGUUGCGACGCCUUUCGUCCUCAACAUGGCCAAGACCUAUCCAGAAAACUGGGCGCAUAUCCCGAUGACCCCAACAUCCCAAAUCGGCCUUGUCGCAGGCGAGAUGGCCACCAACGCGAAUCGCAACGGCACCUCAAUCUUCACGUACGACGACAAGUAUAUCGACGACGUCAACUCCGCCUUCACGAACCCAGAGAUCCUCGACGCCGCAUUCGGCAAGGAGCUGAUGACAUUACGCGCGGAUAGCUUUCGGGAUGGGAUGCAGAAGGCGGGUGAGGAGUAGGAUACAUUGUGUGCCGAUUAGAAGAAGGAAUGAAUGCCACAGUGUAAACAUAACCUGCCCUUCGGGCAGUAAGACGUGCAUACACGCGGUGUCGUAUUUACGACCCCAAG